UGAUGACGAUGCUGAUGAUUGAUGCUGAUGAUUGAUGAUGAUGAUUUUAUGAUGAUGAUGCCGAUGAUUACGGCGAUGAUGAUGACUGAUGAUGAUGAUGAUUGGUUCGCUGUAAUGGACAUCGAUAAUGAUUGUGAUUGCAAAAGCGACGACGGCGAUGAUGAUGAUGUUGAUGAUGAUGAUGAUGUUGAUGAUGAUGAUGAUGUUGAUGAUGAUGAUGAUGUUGAUGAUGAUGAUGAUGAUAAGUUGGAGGAGGAGGAGGAGGAGGAGGAGGAGGAGGAGGAGGAGGAGGGAAAGGAGGAGGAGGAAGAGGAUAAUCUUAAGACGAUGAUGAUGAUUAUGACGAAGACGAUAAGGUGAUAAUGAGGAAGAAGAAGAUAAUUAAGGUUAGGAGGAUGAUUAAUGAAGAUAAUCACGAAGA